UAAAAUAUGUAAACAUAAUAUGUGGUCCUCUAUAUGUACUACAUGUAUUGACUCAGUCCCUGUAAAUAUGGCCUGUCCCUGAUCACCUCUUCUGUCACUCUGUUCUUAACCUAGUCUGCAUUUCUUCAUAAAUGUGUCACCAUCCGAUCUACAGUUACUUACGUAUCUUUUCUCUGUCCCACUAUAACUUAAGUUUCCCUAGACAUCUAUAUUUUACUUACUUUUUCUUAGUACCUAAACAGUGCCUGGCACAAGACUCAGUAAAAAAAAAAAAAAAAUCCACGAGCAGUAAAUCUAAUCUCUGAGGGCUUACAAGUGAGGUGGGUUAACAUAGCAAACGCAAAGGAAAAAGACCACUUGUGACAAUCCUCUGAGGAGCAUCUUCGUCCCUUAAAAUAACUCAUUCAAAACAGUGGAGCUAGUAAAGGUGACCAGGGACAAUCCACUAACACCUUCGUACCCAUGAACACAAGAUGAGUUGAUCAAGUUACUUGCGAGAGGAAUAUCUGGGUGAGUAUGAAGAGCGUGGGGUAUCUGGGCUAAGGGUGGCAGACGUCGCGGGCUGAGCAACCCGGGAUUCCACCGUAAUGACCGCGCCAAUCCAGGCCAGCCCACAAUGGGGAGGGGCUUCUUAUUCAGCACUUCUAGUCCUCGGCACUCCUUCCCUUCUCGACAUCUACUUCCUAGUAGAUUUCUGCUACCUUUUUAUUCCAGGAAGGGCAAGUUGUGAUUCUUAUGUUUUCUCAUAAUUCUAAACCAGUGGUUUUCAGAUGGUUCUUAGCCAUUACUAUAAAGCCCUCAAACAAUGUUUCCUUUACAUGGUCACAGGUUUUCACAGGGAUGGGUGCAGCUGAUCCCUGUGGGGUCACGGCGGUCACAGACUCAGAGACCAUUCUCUACCACGCGUCCCUCUUCUCUCCCACCUUUCUUCUAACUCACAACGUCUUAUCGCUUGGGGGGAUCACCAGAACUUUUCUGGAGCGGUAUAAAUCGGCAUCUUCUAUUCCAGAGGAUUCCGCUUCCGUUGGGUACGGGGGCCGCGAAAGGCCAAAUGACCUUGCCGAAUGAGACCGCAACCCGCGUCCGGGCCCCUGCCGGUGGGCGCUCCACUCCUUUCGUUUGAGGAUUGGUCCAGGGACUGGGCUCUGCGCUCCCCGCCUCCCGGGGCCUGAGGCGGGUGCCUGGCUAGCGCAUCCCCGAGGCUGCAGCCAAUAACAGCUAAAGGUGGGCUCGCCGCCUGGGCCAGUCGCUUCCCGCAGCUCAAGGGGCCCUGCCGGAUGGUAGGCCGCCUAGGCCCCCUAGGCCUGUCGGCGGGGCGGAGCAAGAGGCGGUGCCGGAUCUGGGGGCGUGUCCGGGGGUGUGUCCCGGGGCGGGGCCAGGUGGCUCCGCCUCGCCGGCGAAGGCAGAAGGUACCGCGGCGCAGCCCGGCGCCGACUCAACCGAAACUUGAGUGCAGUGGUGGCCGCAUCCGCAGAGAAUGAAGAGGUGCGGCCGCUCCUGUGGGCCGCCGCCGUCGCUGCUGCUGCUGCUGCUCCUGCUGCUGCUGGCGGUGCCGGGUGCUGGCGCGGCCGGGCUCUCGGCGCUCUACUCGCCUUCCGACCCGCUGACGCUGCUGCAGGGGGACACGGUGCGCGACGUCGUGCUGGACUCCCGCAGCGCCUGGGCGGUGGAGUUCUUCGCCUCUUGGUGUGGACACUGCAUCGCCUUCGCUCCGACGUGGAGGGCGCUGGCCAGAGACAUCAAAGACUGGAGGCCAGCCCUGAAUCUCGCCGCCCUGGACUGUGCUGAUGAGAACAACGGCGCAGUCUGCAGAGACUUCAACAUCGCUGGCUUUCCAACCGUGAGGUUCUUCAAGGCCUUUUCUAAGGAUGGCUCGGGAGAAACAUUGCCAGUGUCUGGUGCAGAUGUGCAGAUGCUGCGGGAGAGGCUCAUUGACACCCUGGAGUCCCAUCGUGACGCGUGGCCCCCAGCCUGUCCCCCACUGGAGCCUGUCAAGCUGGCGGAGAUUGAUGGAUUCUUUGCAAAAAACUCCGAAGAAUACCUGGCCUUGAUCUUUGAGAAGGAAGGCUCCUACCUAGGUAGAGAGGUGACUCUGGACCUGUCCCAGCACCAAGACAUAGCAGUACGCAGAGUCCUGCCCACGGAGGAAAAUGUGUUGAGAAAGUUUGGUGUCACCAGCUUCCCAUCUUGCUACCUGCUGUUUCGGAAUGGCUCUGCCUCCCGAGUGCCCGUGCUGAUGGAGUCCAGGUCCUUCUAUACCACUUACCUGCAGAGGCUCUCCGGGCUCACCAGGGAGGUUCCUCAGACCACAGCUGCACCAACCCCUACCAGCUCAAUAGCUCCCACAGUUUGGAAGUUCGCGGAUCGCUCCAAGAUCUACAUGGCUGACCUGGAAUCUGCCCUACACUACAUCCUGCGGGUAGAAGUGGGCAAGUUUUCUGUCCUGGAGGGACAGCGCCUGGUGGCCCUGAAAAAGUUUGUGGCAGUACUGGCCAAGUACUUCCCUGGCCAGCCCUUAGCCCGAAACUUCCUGCACUCCGUGAAUGAGUGGCUCCAGAGGCAGCAGAGAAAGAAAAUUCCCUACAACUUCUUUAAAACUGUUCUGGAUGACAGGAAGGAGGGUACUGUUAUUGCCAAGAAGGUGAACUGGAUUGGCUGCCAGGGGAGUGAGCCCCAUUUCCGGGGUUUCCCCUGCUCCCUGUGGGUCCUCUUCCACUUCCUGACUGCGCAGGCAGCGCGGCAAAAGGUAGACCAGCCACAAGAUAUGGCCGAGGCCCAGGAGGUCCUCCAAGCCAUUCGCGGCUAUGUUCGCUUCUUUUUCGGCUGCCGAGACUGCGCCAGACACUUUGAGCAGAUGGCUGUUGGCUCCAUGGACCGGGUGGGGACUCUGAAUGACUCCGUCCUCUGGUUCUGGUCUAGCCACAACAGGGUCAAUGCUCGCCUCGCAGGUGCCCCCAGUGAAGACCCCCAGUUCCCCAAGGUGCAGUGGCCACCCGUUGAACUCUGCUCUGCCUGCCACAACGAGCUGCAUGGUGUCCCUGUGUGGGACGUAGCUGCCACCCUCAGCUUCCUCAAGGCCCACUUCUCCCCAAGCAACAUCGUGCUGGAUGCCCCUCCAGCCAGGUUGGCGUCCCGGAGCAGUGCACAGAAUGUGACAGCUGCCCCAAAGCUGGAAAGUGAGAGUUCAACUCUGGACCCUGAGGAGGCUGAGGUAGCCAGAUUCCUGGGAGUCACUGUCCCAGAUGUUCCAGCAGAGAAACCUGAGGCGAACCACCCCCUGGGGCUGCAUGCCAGCCCAAAGCCCGUGGCAGAGCCCCAGAGGGGGGCCCCCAAGCCCGUGGCUGAGCCCCAGAGGGGUGAGCUGGGGCAGCAGCAGAGGCUGCGGCAUCUGAGCAAGCGAGACUCAGGGGCUGUGUUGCUCGCCAAGCCCUGGGCUGGGAAGAACCACCCCAGGGGCCCUUUGGGGCUUAGGCAUAUAGGCCACAGUUCCAAGCAACUGGCAGAUGUCCCUGCUGGGGAGUUGGAGGCCCAAGCCCGGAGGGGCCAUGGCCAGUGGCUACAGGUUCUAGGGGGGAGCUUCUCCCACCUGGACAUCAGCCUCUUAGUGGGGCUCUACUCUCUGUCCUUUAUGGGCCUGCUGGCCGUGUACACCUACUUCCGGGCCAAGGUGAGGGCUCUGAAGGCCCACGCUGGCCACUCUGCAGCCUGAAGUGCCCACCUUGGGAGGGAGUCAGAGCAGAAGCUGCCAUCCACAGAGCUCUUUUAGACCCUGCUCUGCCCUCCCUCCCAUCCCCUGCUCCUGUCCAGCCUAGCAGAGUGGAAGUCCAGGAAGACCAGUUGGUCCAGUGAACCUUCUUGGGUCUGAGAGGGAGAGUCCCACAGACAGAAAAGACAGGUUUAUCUGAAGGCACUGAGGAGUGCUGCUUUGCAGUGAGCUUAGGGAGCCUAAGUUGCUGGCCCUGGCACCAAAUCCCUAUUUUUCAGCUUAUUUGAAGUCCUGCCCCAUCCUCACUGGAGGCUCAAUCUCUCCUGCUUGGUCUUUGCCCUACCUUGGGCCAAGUGAAGCUAGAGGAGGGUCUCCUAGGCUGGGUGGGCAGAAGUAGAAGUCCUUACCCCAUCCCAGGCCACCAUCCAUCCCUUCUGCCUUCUGGACACAGAGAGGCCUUGGCACCAAAGACAGACCACCUCUGGCUCUCUAUGGCUUGCCCAGCCUCUAGCUCCACAGACCUCCCUGAUGGAUGGGCUGUAGGGUGGGGGAGUCUGGAAGCUUCUGGAAAUCAUGCUGAUCUCUCAGGUGGCAGGUGACAGUUGCCAGGCAGUUGGGGAGUGAGUGGCUUGGCGGGACCCAGGCAGGUGUUGCAGGGAAUGAUGCUGGGCUCAGCUCUGAGAAGUGGAGGGAGGUGGAAGGAAGAGGUGGUUACGUUGAAUGUGCUUUGGCUUCUCCCACUGAGCUCUGCCCUCUCCGAGCCGGGUCUUUCCUCUUUUUAUUUUGGUCUCCAAAGUAGAUGCUGGGUGCUGGGCUGAAGAUAAGAUAGCAAGGUGGGUGUCAUCCUUUCCCAGGUCCCACCUCCCAGUGCACAGAGGUUAGGAGGGCCAGGGGAGGGCAGCGCUGUACACAUGCUUGAUUCCUACUCUACCCCCUGUGGAAUAAAUUAUUUUUGCUAAGGCAA